AAUUAGUCUCAACGACGACCCCAACGCCGACGAGCAUGUUGCGCGCAUUCUUAGUGUCGACGAGGCCUCUCUUGACCCGCUUCCGAGCAGCCUCUGUACCCCAUUUCCACGCUCAGCCUCACCUUCACAAUGGCCUCCCGUCAACCGCAGGGUCGCAGCCGUUCCUGGCUCGGGGAAUGAAAGUUCGUGCAUCGGUCAAGAGGUUAUGCGAGGGGUGCAGUGUUGUCAAGAGGAAAGGAAGGAUAUAUAUUAUCUGCAAGAGAAACCCAAAGCACAAACAGCGUCAGGGCUAGGACCCUUCCGAGACUGACCGAUUCUCAACUUCAGUCUCAUCCCCCACCACUCUACCGUACCCACAUCUGGAAUUCAUACUGUAUUUCCUUUUCCUCCUGCAUGCCUUCCGGAACGUCAAACCCGACCCAUUCCUGCAACUCUGCAUGUGAAGCCUUUUUCCACCUCGACUGCUGCCGGUUUUCCAUGUCAUCCUGGUUUUGAAAAUCUGGCAUGAAAGUAUCACAUUUAAACGUUGGAGAGUGGAUACGAGUGAGAAGAAUGCGGUCGACAAAGGAUGGUGCUGAAGGAGGUAGCGAUAAUGUUUCGUUGUACAGUGUUGCGCCGCCUAUGAUGAAUAUUCGAUGGAUAGGCUUUUCAAAUUUCGUU